CGUUCAGUGCACUUUGUUUGAUCUCAUGGCUGCUUCCCAAUAAUAGCCGCAUACACCAUGUCCAGUCCAGCCUUGGUUCAAUCCCUGGAGCCGAGUGAGGCCCCCGCCCCCCAUUCGCCCCCGCCAGACCCGCCUUGCAUAGGGUUGAAGGAGGUGUACACCCUGCUCAACAAGUCCUCGCGGGUGUCCAGAAAUGUGCGGGCUCAAUGGUAUUUCUCGCUCUUGGCCAAAGACAAGUUCGCUGUACACAAGUAUGAAAGCAUCCAGGACUUCCAGAACCGCGGCGAGAUGGAUAUUGUGGGCUUGGUUCCGGAGGAAGCCCGUCCCGUUUGGGAAUGGGAUUGGGAUGUGUCCCAUUUGUACAACUACCGUCUCACGCCCCUGUCCCAAGUGCACUUUCUAUCCCAACGCUAUUCCUCGGUCUUUGUGUUAGACCUGAGUCCCUCGGGCGCGGCUCAGGAUUCGUUCCUGACCUCGGGGGCCUUGGACAAGUUCCUGACCAUCCUCCGCGAGGCCCUGGUCAAUUUAGCUCGACCUUUCUAUAUCCCGGGCAGUCAGCUCCUGUUCAAACCUGACAUCUUUGUCACGGUCAUGGCUUGGACGCCGUUCUUGACCUCGACCACGUAUUUGGUGCUGAAACAAGGCUGGCUGUUGACCUCGGAGAAUGUGGAUCAGUUGUUGGCGGCCGUCAUCCGAGCCUUGCUGAGAUUGGAGGAGGUGGUCUCGGAUACGAAUAGCGUCGUUCAGGAUGAUAUCACCACUAUUCGUUCCGAGUCCGAGCGGAUGAUGGGCGCUUUGUUCGAUCAUCCUAGUCAACCUCCGCUUCUAGGUCCGUCCGUUCAUGUCUCUUCGUCAGAUUCGGCCUUUGUUUCCAUGAUCAAGGCCGCCGUGCUAGGCCUUCAACUUUUGCCCACCAAUACUACCUCAAGUAUAAUUUACAUCGGCGAUGCCAUUAUGAGCUUGCCGGAUAUCGACAAAUGUGAUUCGGUCUUGAACUCUUUGCGGACGUUGUCGAUAUCGUUGUCGUUUUUGAAGGUGUUGGACCGAAGUCACGCAGAUGCCAGUUUGACCAAUGGGCCCAAUUUUGACCUUUUGAAAUUCAUCGCUUUGAGUACAUACGGAACUUUCCUCACCGAGCUCCCGAAGAUCCACAAUGAGGAUUAUGUUUACAAUAUGAACGCCUACCACGAAGCGUUCCUUUGCUGGAGCUUCCGAAAGACUUUGGAUCAACUGAGACAACAUCAGAUGGACAUGUUGAAAAACAAGUAUUUCCUCUCGGUGGACAAUCUCGGGGUGCAAAAGAUCUUGAAUAUGGAUGUCAAGAGCUGCUUCACCAGCGUUCUCUCUUGUCGGUUAAGGGAAGGGUAUCUCAUGAGUCAUGUGAAUGUCUCUUCAAAGGAAAGCCGGAUCUCGGUGGUGUUGACCUUGCCUUGGAAGAUCUCCUCUUCCAUCCAUUACAAGCUCAGCUCUCCUUGGCCUUUAAAGUCCACCAACGAGACCAAAGUGGAGCUCCAACUUGAGGGCGACUACGACAUCAUCCAUGAUAUCAUUUGUCAGCGCGAUAAGUACUUUGACUCGGGCGAAAGAAACUCCAUCAUUCGGAAGUUCUAUGUCAUUGUCACCCAUUUGACCCGGGUUGACCGUCUCUUGGCCCAUUUGGAGUCCUUCGCCAAGGUCAAGGCUAACUAUAGCAUCCCUGACACGAUAGCGGGUGGGAUCCCGCUUUUCCAUGUGCCUCCCAAUAUGCAGAAACCAGAGUUGUAUCAGGUAGAUCCAACCUCGGGUGCUUUCGUCUCGUUUUGGCGUCCGAUUUGCUCUCUAGAUAUCAAUGUGUGGCAUCGAUGGAUGCACACGCAUCGGGUAAACGCUCUUAUGCACCACGACUACCCUUGGCCAAAGCACUUGUUGAGUCCCAAUAGUAGUGGACGCUAUACCAUUGUACAAAGCAGAAAGGCCAUGUCCCAAUUGACUAAUGUGCUCAAGGCCAAUUCGUCCUUCACAUUGGUCGAAGGACAGUCCUAUGUAAAGUUUCUGUUCAAGGAGGAGGGCGAUAAGGUGCCAUUCACGUUCUAUAUCAUCCGGCUCACUUGCAACCCUCCUUGUGUCGUGAUUUGGGUGGCUUUCUUGGGUGGCACAUCCGGCGUCCUGAGACAUCACGAGGUCCAGAACUUGAAGCAGAGUUUGAGCUCACUGACCAUCACUCAGAGCAAUCCGUGGAAAUUCAACCACGAGGUCACGGAGCAGAAUGCUUGCACCCAAAUCCAGAAGCCUUUAGACAAGGUCCUCAUUCGAUACUUGAACGCCCCCAAGAACGUGGAGUGCAUGAUCGACCCGGAGUUGUUCAAUUCAGCCAAAGCUCGAAGUCAAAGUCCGGGUCCCUUGCCUCGGAAGCUUCACUCCGUAAGUCCCAUGGGCGGGUUCUUCAUCACUCUAACCCAAUACCUCACCCAUGUCCGAUGGGUAUGGAACAUCGUAGACACGAGUCAAAGGCCAGUGGUUUGCUCCCCCGCUGCUGUGGCUCGGAUCUUGCAAAUGGUGAUCAAAAUAAGACUCCUUCAGGGCUUCUUCUUUGCCUACUCGAAGAAUGGCGUUCAGAACUUGGUGAGCGAGAUUCAAGCCAAACAUGAGAAUGAGUCGCCUCAACCAUUCAUUCUUCAAUACAUUGUGUAUCCUCUGAGCUCGUCUCCGAGUCCAAGUGUGGACUUCUCCACUGAUGAAGGUGAAGAUAUGGAAAGUAUCGUGGCCGAUCGAGAAGCUUGCACCACCCUGAUAUCAGAGGUCUGGAUCGAGCCCCAAAAUGGCGAGGUGGUCACUGAGGGGCCCUUUCAAGGCUGUGAUUCCAAUGAUAUAUCCAAGGUCAUCUUCGGGACGGAUCACGAAGUGAUUGCUCUUCAUGCUACCAUUGAACACUUGGCGGUGGUUUGCCAAAAGUCCCCAUCCACGGAGGAUAUGAUUGAAAUGUGCCACAGAUGCUUCAAUCGUUGUAGCAGUAACGAGGAUGUGAGUGCCAAGCGCAUUCAAAUUUCCACCGAUAUUGUCGGUUUGGCCAUGGCCUCUCCUAAAGUGGAGAUGCGAUUCUCCAGUUUCGUUCAAAGCUUCUGCUUGACGCCUGAUUUCAUUUUCAAACACAAUCUGAAUCAGUGUGAGAAAUUGAAUCGGGCCAAUGAUCGGCUCUUCACCGCUUUCCACGAGGAGCUCGUCGAUCUCUUUGAUUACGAACAGACUCUAACCGGCGAAGAGUCUCAGAGAAUCGGCGAUUUCUUGGCCACGUCUUGCCCCGAUCUCAAGGUCCAGUUCGCCACAAAGAGACAUGAGAUUGAUGAGGAGAUUGAGAACUUGCCUCGUUGGAAAUGCUACGCUAAGGGCAAUGGCAAAGGCCACGUCCUUGUCACCUUCUUGCCUUACGCCCAUUCCGACCUGAAAGAGCUGCUUCUUUCUGAGGGCCAUGAACUCAACGAAAACAAUCCGAAUCUCCAAAUGAGCAAAACGCCCAUGCCUGAUCAAUUCAGCGGUGGAGAUAGUUUCAGCUCCGAGAAUCAGAGCAUCUUGUCCUUCGAUUCUCGGAAGAACAGUUUCUCUGGAUUUUCGAGCACCAUGUUGAUUCCCAACUCUCAACCUCAAGAUGAUGAAGCCUUGACUCGAGUUCGAUCCCAGUCCUUGAUCCGAAUCCGGAAGCGCACCCAAACCAUUGACAAUAGCGACGCCAUUGGACGCAGACGGAGAAACUCCACUCACACCAACAAGGUUCAUCAUUCAUCCAAACGAACAGACUGCUCACCCGCCAAGCGAUCCCGGACGCACACUUUCUCGCACAUGAAAGGCAUCCGAAGUGAAAGAAAUGCCAGUGCAGCUUCAUCGGUUUCGAAAGAUGAUACCAUAGAUUGCUCGAGUUUCCACCCUUGCCAAGAGCAUGUUGCCGGAUCUGUGGCCAUUCCCAUGUACACUUUCUCUUGCAGUGAGAAACACCUACUCACUUUUCUCAUGUCCAAGAAGACCAAACCCAACUUGCACAAGAGUCUCGACCUCCGAUGGAGACCUGAGGAGUCCGAAGAGACCGUUUUGGAGCCUCGGACCUUGGGUGAUCAACCCGACGAAUUCGAUCCGACCUUCUUGAAACGGAUCGAAAAACGUUUCUAUAAAGCUUUUGUGUCCGUUCUGUACGGAUCGCUUCAACAGGGUGCACCCAUCCACAAUGACGAUGUUCAGCAAGCUGUGGAUUUAUGCGAUGUGGAAUCCGUGGUCGAGGUGAAAUUGAACGACUUCUUGGCUAGUGUUUGUCCCCACACACUCGAGAGAAGUAAUGCCACCGGGGAGAGACAAAAGAAGUGCUUUGAAAACUUCCUCAAUCAUGAGGUGAUGCGGAAGAAAUUCAGCGAUAUCCUCCAGAAGUCAUUCAAGAAUGUCCCCGGGCCCUCUGAGUUUUACUUCUAUCGGAACCUUAGUCGGGAACAGCAGAAACCGACCCCAUGUUCAGCGGCCGUGAUCGCCACUCAUCGUCAAAGGCGAAAUACAAGAGAUACAAGCUCGACUCGGGAUGAUGAGACCAGCCAUUUCCAUCUAGAAGUGGACCAAUGCUCGUCUAGACAUGAACACGAGGAUCAAAGUCAGGUCUCUGGCUACAUUUCUCCUCGAGGAGAUGAUCAGUUGUCUUUGUGUUCGAAUAUGGUCUCGGAGUUGAGCGAUUCCAACGAUUGGCCAGGAGAUAUUCCCUUGGAUAAUCCUCUGUUCUUCCAGAUAUCAUUGAUUGCUCAAGGCGACAACAAUUUCUUUCUCAAUCUUCCCAUCACCCAUUUGCCAUCGUGCUAUUUGGAUCUAGCCAAUGAUUUACGCCAAGCCAUUCAUGAAUACAGAAGCGAGGAUCCAGCAUCCAGCGACCCCGACCACAUUCCGGCCAAUCUCAUGUUGAAGCUCAAUGUGACCCUGAUCUCGUGCGAUUUCCAAGACGCUCUGGCUGAUGGGAUUUUGGAGCCCCAUUUGAUGACGCCGCACAUCUUGGAGAAAACAGACUACAUCGGCAAGCAUCAACUCAACACGAUUCAAAGAAAGGCCAUUUCAGAAAUGGUGGAAGACAUUCAUUGGAUGAUUACCGAUGAGAUUGCCUUCUCCAAGGCAAGCUCAACUCACAUCACCCAAACAAUGCUCAAAGCCAUUGUGGCUCACGUGGAGGCCUCGAUCUCCAAACCGGGUUGUUCGAUUGUCAAGUGUCCCUUAGAUUUCAUCAUGAACCGAGAGAAGAGCAUGGAGGUGAUGAUGGAGCAAAUCAGCCUGAUUGCCCUCCCCAAUUUUCAAGUGAUCCCAAAAGGCCGUUAUUGGUACUUGGUUCGAACCUCCACCGAGGAUUCGAGCAAAUCCAAGCUCUGGUUGGUCUUGUACAUCAAGGAUGAGAAGGUCAAUAUCAUAUUUCAAUAUCGAGAGGGUCAGUUGAAUAUCGUUUUGCCGUGGCGACAAGCCAUGCAACGAUUGUCGGUGAAAAUCUCGGAGGCCUUGGACUACGUGAACAGAGUAAUGUUACUCCAGAAUUUGUCGGAAACCCGCAUCUGCAAUCGACUCCUUGACCCUGAAAGCCCGGAUGAUGAGGAGUGGCAGGGGGUGUCACCGUUCCAAGACGCUGAGGAUGAGGGCAAUUGUCUUCAAGCAAAUUUGAACUUGGUUCCCGGAAAAUAUUCUUGUCCUCAAGUUUGGGAGAAGCGAUUCAUGCUCCACCCAAGACUCAUUGAGACUCGUGGACCAGAUGUCACUUCCAGAGGCUUCAUGGCUUUGAAAUUGGUCAUGAGCGCCUUUGCCGUUCAAAACCGGAAGAAUAUGUUCGUCUAUCAAGAUGAGACGGGGACUUAUUACAUGAAACUAACAGAGCAUAUCUCAUCCAGCCGACACUCCUCGUUUGUCAAGCGAUCGAAUUCGAACCAAUCCAUCGGCGGCGGCCUUCAAGGUCCAAGAUCCAUGUCUAUUAGUGGCGGGGCUUCAUCCCAGCUGAAAGCUCGUCAUCCAUCGGUUUCGGCGAGUGAAUGUGCAGAGCUGGAAUUUCCACAAAAAAACAAUGAUUUCAUUGAUUUGAAGAUCUACGGUGUUUCCCAGCCAGGAUCGACCAUCACCGAGAGUCUUGUGAACGUCUUGCAAAACAAACUAGAUGAGAAGGUGGUCGAAGUCCUGUCGACAAUUCUUCAAAGAAAUCCCAUGAGUCGAUUGAUGCCAGAGGAUGUCAAGUUCUUGCAACCCGCCGAUUCUGAACCCAGCAAAGCCAUCCGAUUUGUCGCCCCAACCAUCAAUUCUGACUAUCUUCCAGUUCUUUGCCAAUACUUGGUUCAAAACCUCAUUGAGUCUCGUUUCAUUUCUCCCAAGUUCUCGUCAUCCCGUCGUGAAAACAAACUCCGCGGUAUCGGCGAUUUUGAUGAGGUCCUCAUUCUGAAUCGAAGUAAAGAUGGCGGAGGCUCCUCUGGCCAAGUUGGUAUUGGAGUGGUGGCCUUUAAAUUUGAAAAACGUGACCUUGGCGAAGGUUCUGACGAGUCUUGUCGAACAUUGGCCCAACUAAUGAGGAUCCAGAUGGUCGAGACUGAUUCUCCAGAGGAUAACGAAUCCAAAUUACACUUCCAUUUCUACAUUUGGGAGCUGGGUAAACUGGACCUUGAGGCCAUGAUCACGACCAUCCAUUCGGCCGUUCAGCAAGCCAUGUGGGACCUGACCUUGGAGUAUGUGUUGCUCUCGAAACGCUUUUCGGAAUUUCCAAAUGUGGAUAACACCUUGCUCACUUUGGUGAAUUUCUGGCUACCCUUGGGACUGGAGAUGCACGUUCCAGCUCUGACGGAAAAGAUCUUUAAGGUGAAAGGUCGCACCAAUUCCAAAUUCUUCCUCGAGGAUGUGUACAAAACCAUUCGAAGGAUCUUUCCAACCGGAGCCAUUGAAGUAUACAGUCGCUUUGAACAAGGCCACGCUCCAUUCAAAAGAGUCACUGAGAAGAACUACCCCUCCCCAAUAUGUUCCAGUAACCCAGUUCUGUUCUCAUUGACCAUUCCCAAAUCGAGAAACUUGGAAGAAUUUGCCGCCAAUCCCGGUAAGAGCGAUAAUCUGCGGAAAUUCGUGCUUACCUCCAACAGCAGACCUCGAUCCCUUCAUGUUAUGGUCUUGCUCCAUCGGGAUCAACUGCGGGUGUACUUCUACAAUUGUUCCAAGGUAGUGACCGAUCGGUUGAACCGAAAUCUCCAGUUCCUGAUGGAUUGGACCAGCUCAAGAGUGAGCUUGAAGGAGGCUAUGGCCGCCCAAAAAUUGGCCGUGCUAAAAGACCGGGAUUUCUUUGACCCCGAGUCAGAUGAUUAUCAGGAAUGCCCCGACGUGGAACACCUCCUCCAACACUCUGUUCCCCAACGUGGACAAAAAAGCCCUGUCCUUACUCCGCACGCUAUAGCGUCCUCCAGUGAGAGCUUGUCCACCUUGUAUUGCAACCAAAAACGGGCUCACUUGGGUCAGAGGUUGACGUCCCACUCCACGGGCACUCUCAUCAAGGACAUUGCCAAAUUGCGACUGGAUCAACGCCACGAAAUUCUACCUUUGUGGAUUCAUCGACGGAACGAAGUCCAAUUCUUCCUCACUGAAGGGGUUUUGGAUCUAGUGAUCUCGCUCUCUCGACCCGUUCAUUUCUGCAUGACCCCAAUUAUGUUCCUACCCAAAUGGAGGAUGCAAGCCCAUGCCACGCGGUUCAAAGAGGGUGAUGUGGACGCGGCUGAAGAGUUGGAAAAUCAUUUGUUGAAUGCCAAGUUUAGAGGCCAAGCCCUGGACGAAAUGAACAAUAACUUGAUUAUCAAGCACUAUAUCAAAGAGUACCGCCAAUAUUUGGAAUGGAUGUCCUUCGUGGCCAUUCCUUGCGAUUCGGCCUUCAACGUCUUGAAUCCGCCUGUGGCGUACUUUUACAAGAUCCUGGCUGGGGGGUUACUCUUGUUCGAGAUUGGGUCCAAAGAGCCGUUCAUCUAUACUAAGUUGUAUGCCCUGGAACACACCCGCAUUCAGAAGACGGCUUACCACAAAGAAGACCUGAUGAAGGCGUGGACCUCGUUGGUCAUGGAGUGCGAUCGGAUCAAGUUCCUACUUCACCAUCAUUCCUUCACUUACGAUUUCCACUUGCGAGCCUUGUCUGAAUUCGCUAUUGGGAAGAUCAACAUUCUCCGCAAUGGCUUCCACUUGACCAGUUUCAUAUCCAACUUCAUGAAGUACUACAACAAGAGCCCCAAUUACGCCAGGAACAUCAUCUUCAACCAACAACUGGAGGUUGAUCUCAGUUUGGUCCAAUCUGAGCAACUCUUCAACUACAUCCUGAGCCAUGAGAAAGAGUAUGGGUUUCACGUUCUUCGCAUGGAACCCCUCUACGACGAAGGUGAGGUGUUCUCCAAUGAUUUCCUUCUUACCACGCAAUCCUCGCAUCGCGUUCAAGCCAUCUCAGGAGAAAAGCGGAUCACGGUCGAGUUUGAUUUGACCAUCAUUCUCUCGUGCUCCAAAACUACUGCCAAAGACUCGCUGACCCUGAAGGGCGUGUUUAUCUUUACCCAGAAAAACGAUCAGUUCCCCAUUUUGUACAAAGAACAAAACCACAAGGGGAUCUUCAAGCCGGUUUUGGGUGCCCCUUUCUCGUUGGCCAAUUACCCCGUCAUGAAUCACAGCCCCAACCAGGGGGAAGAUCCCAUUGAUCCGGAGAAUGUACUCUACAUUGGAUAUUACUCCAGCCACGAGCAGAGCAUCCAAUCCAUGGUGGAUCGAGAGUCCAAGCAUUUGAAGGCCAAGCUCAGCCAGAUCUUCCAAAAUGCCGAACGAGAUUGCCGUAAAGACACUUUGUGGCGAAAAAUCCUCUUGGAUUCUGCCAAGCCCGACCAUACCAUUGAGGAAUUUGAAGAGCUCGUUGGUCUAAUCGAGACCCAAGAGACCUCGAAUCCCUUUUCCUCCUUUUCAUUCGAAUCCCAAGGCCUGAAAAACAGACUCCACGAAUGGUUGUCAGAUUAUUUCCCAUUAACCUUUCGCCACCUGAGCUCCAACUAUCAGGAACACUUUGUCAUCACGGAGGAGAGUAUGUUUAGCGUGGCUGCCGUUUUCUCCAUUGAUUAUGGCACACCUCAAACGGAGGUGUCUAUUUACAGCCUAAAUCGAAGUCCGGAAGCCCAUAAGAACGCAUUGCGCGACACUCUUUGCAACGUGAUUUCCUACUUUUUGUUCCGCGAGACAUUUUAAACGAGAACCCGAUUCUCCUGAUGACGAAGAUGCUCUUUUGUCAGAUACAAUUUUUCCACGUUAUAUUAUUUUGACUCUUCUUGGAGGGGUAAUAUAUAUAUAUAGGUACAAUAAAUGCACAUUUCACAACGAGA